AUGUUCAAAUUUAUCGUUUUGAUUGGUUUAGUGGCAGGUUACUCCACGGCCGAGAGCGUCGAAAUAUCCAUUGAGAAUCCUACAAGUCUAUCAGUAGAAGAUGAGCAGAAUCCAGCUGAGAUUUUACCUGAAGUUUGCCCCUGCGACGGCCCAGCGCCACCUGAUUUGAUCGCAGCUCCUAGUGGCUCAAAAAUUCGAAUUACUCUUCCAGCGGGACCAGUCUCUACUACUAGGCCUACUACAGCGCGACCAGUCUCUACUACACCACCUCUUUGUUGUCGAGUCCCUGGUCCUCGAGGUCCUCCUGGUCCACCUGGCAGAAACGGCGCUCCUGGCCGUCCGGGUCCACCUGGCAGAAACGGCGCUCCUGGCCCUCCUGGUCCACCUGGCAGAAACGAAGCGCAACCCGGAGGAAUAGCAAUUCCACACUGUCCUGACGGUUAUCUAUACAACACCAAAACUGGAUUAUGCGUCCCAUCCAAUCCAAUUCCAUCCAAUCCAAUCCCAUCCAACCCCAACGGUUAUAUGAACUUUUACAAGUCUUGGUCCCUAAACAAACCUUUCAAGAAUUUCUACGGCUAUUAG